AUGUCGUCUUCGGCGGGCAAAGCGAUACUCUGGACCAACCCACGCAAUCCCAAAGAACGCGCAACAGUAUACCGCGCCCCGCCCCACCCCGACGGCCGCCCGCGCGUCGUAUGCGAUCUCUGCGGCUUCCAGUGCGUCGUGGCGGGCUACGGCCCCGCGCCGAGCCAUUUCGUGAACUUUGCGAAUCACAGAGGGAGCUCUAACUGUCUUAAACGCGCCGGUGGGCUGAAGACGGGAUUCGGGGGUGGUGGGGGGAGUGGGAUGGUGAAAGGUAGAAGCGGUGGUGGAGGUGGAAGUGGUGUGGUGAAGAGAGGGAGUGGAGGAGGAGGGGUUGGGCACUCGAAGGGCAAGGGCAAGAUUACGGCCCACUUCGCCGCCACGCCCAGCGCGAGCAGCCGCGCGAGCAGCGCGGCCGUCUCCGAGGCGCUCGAAGCAGAAUCGGGCGACGAGCCGCCGCGCACGGUGUCGUCGAGCAGCCCGCGCGAUCAGCCCAUGGAGAUCGACUUGACGAGCCCGUCUCCCGAACCUUCGCCCGAACCUGAGCCUGAACCCAAGAAGAAGAAGACCAAGCCUAUGUUGGACACUACGAAAGCUAGAGCUUCGGCUUCGACUACGACUACGACUGGCGCUAGGAAGAGUAUGGCGAUGGAGGAGCGAAUGGCGGGCAUGAUGGGCAAGUUCGGUGCCGGCGCUACGAGCUACGAAAUGGCGGCGUCUGCGUCGUCCUCUGCGCGCUCGACGCCGCAUACGAACAGUGCGACCUCGACGCCUGCGCCCGCCCCUCCUCCCACCACGCACACGCACACAACCACAUCAACCUCAACCUCAACGUCAACCCCGACCUCGACCUCAGCCUCGACAGCUACAACCGGCCCGACCUGCACAUCCUGCCGCCGCCCGAACCCCGUGCCGACCUACAAGCUCUGCCCCGCCUGCCGCGCCUACAGCCGCGACCGGUACUUCAUCGACGCCGAGCGCAAACGGGCGCACGCGGCUUUGAAACUUGCAGAGAUGGGCGCGGACGAGGGCGCGAUUGCGAGGGCGCGGGAGGGCGUUGAGCGGGCGAUGGCGCUGGCUCCUGGGAGGUUGGGUGAAGGUGUUGGGGAGAGGGAGAGGGAGAAGAUGAAGCCGGGCCGCAAACGCAAACGCGCAGACCCGCACCCACCACCGCCCGCACCACACUUCCCCGAGCUCGUCUUCGACCCGGACGAGUGCGGCACCGCCGAGGCCGCGUACACCCUGCUCAAAACGGCGUUGACACCCGCACCAGUUAAACCGCCCCGGGCACCUUUACCAGUCCCGAAAUUGAACCUGCGGCUGACGUGGGCGGUCGUAGCGGACGGAAGUGUCAGCCAUCGGACGCGGAUCGAGGGGGUUGAGAGGGAGGUUAGGCGGUGUGGGCUGGUGUUUAGUUUGACAGGCAAGACGCAGACGCCGGGAUCGUCGAGAUACGUGCGGGACCACGCCCUGACGGUGCGGUACAGGUGCAAAUGCACCUCUUCUAUCCCUACCGCUGCACCGAACACGAGCGCGGCACCGCUUGCACGGAGGCAGAGCGAUCUCUCGUCCUUCUUCAAACCUCCGCCAAAGGGAAAGGGCAAACCCGCUCCUACGCGUAUGGAGGAGGAAGACAUAGAAGACGAUGUUCUGAUGCUCAACUCCUCGCGCUCUCCGGACAAGAGUAGUACGGGGAAGGGAGAGCGGGAGGGAAAGACGGAGGCAGAAGAGAAGUGCGGCGGCCACGUCUACAUCUCGAGCGAGUGGGACGUCAAGAGCCAUCCGGCGGGCUUGCGGGGCCAGAGGGUCGUCGUGUGGGUCGUGCAUGAGGGCGGGGACGAUCCGAUUCAGCAGGCGGGCGCAGGGUCGGGUGUGUUGAUGCGGGGAGCGCUGCGUUGGACGUAG